GUCAGCCGCAGUGCCAUCUCAGCAGUGCCAUGUCAGCAGUGCCAUGUAAGCAGUGCCAUGUCAGCACUGCCACGUCAGUAGCAAUGCCUAGCAACAGUGCCACGUCAGCAGUACCACGACAGCAGCAGUACCAACGUCAGCAGUGCCCCGCCACCAUGACGGUUCCAGCUUUGGGCAUGCCAUGCCAACUGGCCAACAAGUCCAUUGCCGAGUACCGACAGUGGAUCCAAGCUCAGCUCGCACUAAUCGAGGCCGAGGAACAGCGGCAGGCAGAAGUCGUGGCUUCCCGCCUAGAGGCUGAAGCGGCGGCAGCAGCUGAAAAGCAGCGGCUUCAAGCCGAAGCUCACGCAGAUGCCCAGGCCCGCCACAAGGAGGCCCAGGCUCUGUUGCAGCAGCACGAAGCCGCCAGCGUCGACAAGCUCAAGUUCUGGCAUUUUGAGCCAUCCGAGAGCCACGACGACGCAACACUGGAAGAGCAGCACAAGGAGUUCCUCUCCAAACUCUUGACCCGGUUGGUUUACACUUGUAACCACCUGCAGUCCGAGUUAGAGAAACAACACCAAGAACUGAUGAAUCUCCAACGGGCGGUGCGAAACCACAAGGAUCUGCACGAGGGUGCUACACGGGCACUUGAUUCCCGUGUACAGGACCUGGAGCAAGCAGCACCAAGACCAGACGCUGGCGAACCCAGCAGUGCAGCCUCAACCCGCCAAUUGGAGAAAUGAGUUGACCAUGUAGUCACAAUGCUUGGCGACAUCAGCACAUUCGCCGCACCCGCCACCAUCAGCGAGCAGCUUGAAGCCUUGAAGAACGAGGUUCGAAAAGUGCACCAGCUGCCAGAGCACGAUGGCAGCACCAGUCCGCAGCAUUACAAAAUGCCGAUAUUCCGGAUCGAAAAGUUUGAUGACCAUACGCAUCAAGACCCGGUCCCCUGGUGGGAGGGCUUUACGAUAAAACUUCAAAUUCGUC